UCUGCCCAACGAGGGUCCCUGGGGAUCAUCCAGCCACGAUCCUCCCAUGGGGGAUGGAGCUGGAGCAGCGCACGAAGCUCUUCCCACACUCGGGACACUCGCGGCCUCUCCCUGGUGUGGAAGUGCUGCCCCUCCUCCUGAGGGAUCUCUGGGGCUUUUCCUCCUCCUCCAUCUAUCCACAGCUUGAGAAUGACAAACCCCGAUUUGGGGGAAACGUGGAAGGCACAAAAGCAGCACCAGCACCUCCUGGGGCUCCCUCUGCUUCCAAAGAGGAGGCCAAAGAGGAGGAAGACAGCAGUGAGCUUCCCGCUGCUCUGGGGGACGAUGGUGAACUUCCCUCAGUGCUGGGAGAUGACAGUGAACUUCCCGCUGCUCUGGGAGAUGAGGGCGAACAUCCUGCGGUGUGGGAAUGCAACGGCGAGGCUCCCGCGGUGUGGGACAAGGACAGGGGGCAUCUCCCGGCGUGGGACGAGGACGGUGGAUGUGCCCUGGUGUGGGACCAGAAUGGCCAAGCUCCCACGGAGUGGGAGGAGGACAACGGACAAUUCGCAGUGUGGGAUGAGGAUGGAGGACAUCUCCCGGAGUGGGAUGAGGAUGGAGGACAUCCUGUGUCUUGGGAAGAGGAGAGUGAACAUCUCCCAGCAUGGGAAGUGGACAGUGACCAUCCCCUGGCUUGGAAAGAUGAUGGCGAACCUGCAUUAUUUUGGGAAGAGGAUGGAGAAGCUGCAGCAUUUUGGGAAGAGGCUGGAGAACCUCCCUCUGCUUGGGAAGAGGACAAUGAAGCUCCCUCUACUGUGGGAUCCUGGGCUGAACAUUCUGACAGCAGCACAGUCCUGCAGCCAGAGGGGAGAGGGGAGUGGUGCCUGAUGCAGCUGAGUACGUCUGCUCUGUUCCUGGGUGCCCGAGCAGGGAACACCGUGAGCGAGGCGGAGCCUGGCCAGAAAUACCUGGAAGUGGAGCAGAUUGGCCAAGGGGCUUUCGGAACCGUUUACAAAGGACUCGACAGGGCCACUGGAGGAGAGGUGGCCAUCAAGAAAAUGAGUCUCAGAGGGCAGAACAGGGAACGAGCUGUGAAUGAGAUCCUGCUCCUGAAGGACAAGAAGAACCCCAACAUUGUCAAAUUUCUGGACAGCUUCCUUGUUGAUGGAGAUGUCUGGCUGGUGAUGCAAUACAUGGAUGGAGGAACUUUGCAGGAUGUUGUCAGACAGAUACGCAUGGCUGAAGGAGAGAUGGCAGCUGUCAGUCGGGAGUGUCUGCAGGGCCUGGAUUUCCUCCAUUCCAAGCGGGUGAUCCACAGGGAUCUGAAGAGCUCCAACAUCCUCCUGGGCAAGGACGGCUCUGUCAGGCUGGCUGAUUUUGGCCUCUGCGCUCAGCUCAGCCCUGAGCAGGACCAGUGCAGCUCCAUGGUGGGCACUGCUCACUGGAUGGCCCCAGAAGUUGUGACCAGAUCUCCUUAUGGCCCCAAGGUGGACAUCUGGGCCUUUGGCAUUGUGACCAUCGAGAUGGUGGAAGGAGAACCUCCUUACUUCAAGGAAUCGGUGGCCAUGGCUCGUGCUCUGAUCCGGCAGAACGGGACCCCGCAGCUGCAGGAGCCCCGGUGCCUGUCGGCUCUGCUGCGGGACUUCCUCGAGUGCAGCCUGGAGACGGACGAGGAGCGGCGCUGGGCUGCCCAGGAGCUGCUGCAGCACCCAUUUUUAUCAUCAGCCAAGCCUCUCUCCAGCCUGACACCUCUGAUCACUGCAGCAAAGCAACUGAGGGAGCAGCGGAGGAGAUGAAGCACUUGAGGGCAGCUUCUUGUUACAGUAGUUAGGUCAACUAGGUAGUUAUGGUAGUUAGCACUGCUAGUUGGUUAGGGUAGUUAGGAUUGCCUG